GAAACCUGGGAAGCGGAUUUGACCGCGUCUCUAAUUCAAGACGAGAAGGAUAGAAUGGCGGAGCAGUUCCAGAUAACGGUACCCGAUCUCCUGCUGCAAGCCUGUCGUGAAUUCAGUCGCAUGGAAGGCAGAAGGUCAUUUCGAACUGCUCGACUACGCUCCGCUUCCGGUCGACAUCGCUUCCGGCCGGUUUGUCAGCGACCGGCAACCAGGAGGCCGCAUGCGCGAUAGUGAGGAUCGAGAUGCUCGCCAAGCGAGUUCGACAGUUUGACCCCUGAGAAUCGAGCAUAGUUUGUUAGACCGGCACGUACGCGAGUUUAUACGGAGCUCGAGCCUUCAGACACUGAGUAUAACGAAGGAGGAGAAGUCACGCGAGUCUCAGUUUUCAAAUAUAACAUCCUGGGAUGAAGUGCAAUUGCUCGAUAAUUGCGAUAUAAUAUAACGACAGAAGAAGAGGAAUUAAUUAAAAUCAAAUAUCGCGAAGCUGCACAUUCGUCUCUCGGGCUUGUAUACCUGGUGUCGUCGAAGAGAUGCAUACUACACCAAGAACAUUACGAAGAUUCGCGAGGUCGAUGAAUUUCCGCAAUGAUUUUAACGUUUCGUUUACCAAGCGCGGAAUAAUUCUUGGAUCCGAUUUGCGAUUUUUAUUAUUAAAUAAUAACGAUGCUACUCCUUCGUGGAAUAUCACUAAUCAAGGCUUGAGCUCCGUGUUAUCGCGAACAUUCGCGCAAGAUUUCGGCACUUUGGCGAGGAAGGAACCACCCGAGCCACGAGGUCUUCCCUGGCUCGGUUCAAUAUUAUCCCUGACAAUGUCCGGUGGUGCGAAAAAGCUACAUGAAUACGUGGACAAAAGGCACCAAGAACUUGGAUCAGUCUUCAGAGACCAGAUUGGACCAAUCGAUGCUGUUUUCGUUAAUUCGCCAACUGAAUAUCGUAAGGUAUUAGCCGAUCUUGCGGGUAACACGCCGCGGCACUUCUUACCGGAAUCCUGGAUGUUGUAUAAUGAAAUUCGAACACAAAACCGAGGUCUGCUCUUCAUGGACGGAGAAGAGUGGUGGCAUUACCGUAAAAUCCUCAAUAAAGUAAUGCUGAAACCUAUAGCAAAGAAUUUUUUCUGUGGACCUUGUCAGGAAGCCGCCGAAAAUCUGACGAAGGAAUGGCAAAGGUAUAGCCGAAUCGGUUGUGUAAUACCGAAUCUGGAACAUCAGCUGUAUCAGUGGUCUAUCGAGGUGAUGUUAGGGACCAUGAUAGGUUCGCAAUGGCAUGCUUGCGAACCGUGGUUACGUCGUGACAUAGAGGAUGUGGCCACGACAUUACACCAGAUUUUCACAUAUACUUCACGUCUUUCAAUGAUGCCAGCCAAGUUAGCGAUGAAGCUUAGGUUGCCAGUGUGGAACAAGUUCGUUAAGGCUGCCGACAAGGUGCUGGACAAGGUACGCAAACUAGUGCCAGCAAUGAUCCAGUUAUCAGACAAUGAUGGACUUCUGCAGAUGAUUUUAAAUAAUGGUAUCCGCGGAGAUGAAGCUGUCAGAAUCAUCUGCGAUUUCGUCGUAGCUGCUGGUGACACAACAUCGAUUACUAUGCAAUGGGCAUUGCUGUUACUUAGUACUCACCCUGAGCUACAAGAACAAUUAUUCGAUGAAAUCAAAAAUUUGCCACUGGAAGAUCUUUUGCAACAUCAGCUAUUGAGAUAUACGUGGAAGGAAACCUUGAGGCUGCACCCCGUCGCACCAUUCCUUACGAGAUAUUUACCAGUGGACUCCAUAAUUGGCGGUUAUUUUGUGCCGAAAGGGGAUCUAAUUAUCUUAUCGCUUUAUUCAAGCGGUCGCGAUGAAAAUAAUUUUCUACGACCUAAUGAAUUUUGGCCAGAAAGAUGGUUCAGAACGGGGAAGGAAGAUUUAUUCACCUACCGAGGAGUAAAAGAUACACGUGCUUAUGUUCCAUUUGCAGUAGGUGUGAGGAACUGCAUUGGUCAGAGACUCGCAGAAACACAAUUGUCUCUUACGUUGGCGCAGCUCAUUAAAAACUUCAAGAUUGAAUGCGAAAAUAGGGACAGGAUUAAGAUGAUUUUGCGUAUGGUAUCUGUACCAUCAGAAUCUAUUAGGUUGAAGCUGAUUGAUAGAGAAAUAUGAUGGAGACGUUAAACGAUUACGGAAAGACGAUUAAUGAAAAUUUUAUUAAUAA